ACAACUCAGCAAGAAUCGUGACUCGUCUUCGAAUCGACAGCCAUCAACAUGCAUUUCAGCAAGAACACUCUCAUGCUUCUCGCCAGCUCGACGGGCAUUGCGUCCGGAGCCGCGGUCGGCCCGUUCUUCCCACAUGGCAAGCCGGCCCCUGGUACCCCUAUCUUGGCGAACAAGCCGUACCCGAACACCACUUACGGCGGUAUCACUGUCAUCGACACGCCUAUCGUCCGCUUGGCUCAGGAGUACACCCGCAACCACAGCACGGAAGCCGUCUUCAAGCACCAGAUGCGCUCUUGGCUUUACGGAUCCCUCAUCAUCAACGCCAACGAGACUUUGAAGAACAGCGUCGAUAUCGAGGUCCAGGCCGUAGGCGCGCUCUUGCACGAUCUCGGCUGGGACACAUCGCCCAACUCCCCGGUCUACACGCUCGACCACCGAUUCGAAAUUGACGGCGCCAUCGCCGCCAGGAAGUUCAUCGAAAAAUACGGUGAUGAGAACUGGGACGCUCGCCGCACGCAGCUCGUCUGGGACGCCAUCGCCCUCCACACCACCCGCACAAUCUCCUACUUCAAGGAGUUCGAGGUCGCGACUAUCGGCAUGGGUAUCGCCGUCGACUACGACAAGGAGGGUGCCGGUAUCACCACCCAGGACUUCAACAACAUCGUCGCGGCUUUCCCCGACGACGACCUGAAGAAGGCUACUAACGACACCUUCAUCUACUUCUGCGCGACCAAGCCGGCUCAGACUUACGACAACCAGCUCCAGCCGUGGGGUGAGCGAUACGUCGCGAACUACUCGACCGUCGGCAACCUGAGAAUCGACAACAUCUUCAAGAAGCUAUAAGGUCAGUGCGUUGCUUAUGGGAGAUCGGGAGUCAAUGGCGGGACUGAGUUUGAUGUUGCUGGUGUUGAAAGUGGCGGGCGGGCGCGGUGUUGGUAUGGUUGAUGUUGGUAGCGGAAUUGAUGGUUGAUCGUGAGAUUUGCGGGGUGUGUAACUAAAAGAAUGGAAGUUCAGAGGGGAGCGGUCAACUCAAAAGUUUCGCCGUAAACAUCUGCUGAAUCAGACACCUUGUGUAUUAGGUAGAUAAAUUUGAAUAUUUUGAAUUGGUUUAUUUGUUUCUAUUGAGUGCACUUGGCAAAUUGCCAAGCUAUGCAAUAUCUGUGUAGAGGUAGGUACCUACCUAGGUAGGUAUGGUAACACUGUUGUUACCGAGAAGUCUCAUUACGUUAC